AUGCAACGGACAGUCUGCGCAAAGUUCGCCAUGUCUGGGGGGAGCUUUUCUCCCAUUGCAGCCUUCUCGGUGACUGGUCAUGGGCAGCCCCGAUUCAGCUUAUCCCAGCCGCAAACUGCCCCGAAGCGCCUCCAGCACCUGGUUCCAGUGCGCCCGUACGUCUCUCGCAGAAGUGAGCUGCCCAUGCGCGCCGGAGCGCAACCAAGACGCCGAACAUCUUGGAAGUCGAUGUCGCGACUGUUGGCCGUUGUUUUUCCCUUCUCCACGCUGCUUUUUGGCCGGUACGCUUGGGCGCGCGGUCUUUCGAGAGCGGGGGGGACGAAGGCUGGGAUUGUGGCUGCGAAGUUGAGCACGACUCAGCUGCUCUGGGCUUCGGGCAUAGUCGGCGCCACCGGGAGCUUGACACUCUGGUUGCGGGGUUUGAGCGAUCUUGCCGAAGCGAUGCUCUGGAGCUGCCUUCGCUGUGCUCUGCAGCUCUACCUGCUCGGGGGGCUGAUCUUGAACUGGCUCUUCGGCACGCGCCACCCGGGCAUCGUCCUCGCCUGGGUGCUGGGCGUGGGCCUCCUGGCGGCGCAGCAGGCCCUGUCGCGGCUGGAGUACACCUACGAUGGCCUCCCGCGGCACCUUCUCGUCUCCAUCCUCUCCGGCGUCCUCUCCGUGCAGGGCGUCGCCAUGGCUUUGGGCCUCUUCGGGCGGCCAAACCCCUGGUGGCAGCCACACAGCGUCGUGCCCGUCUCGGGGAUGCUCUUUGGCAACGCGACCUCGGCGGCCGCGCUGGCGGUGACGGGGCUGCUGCGGGGCUUUGCGGAGCAGAGAUCCGCACUGGAGCUGCGGCUGGCACGCGGCGCCACGGCCACCGAGGCCAUCAGGCCACUGAUCCGGAGCAGCCUCUCCGACGCCCUGACCCCCACCAUCAACACGCUGGCGGUCACGGGCGUGGUGCACCUGCCUGGGAUGAUGACGGGGCAGAUUCUGGCAGGUCAGAGCCCGCAGCAGGCGGCGGCUUACCAGACCCUGAUCCUCUUCCUCAUCGCUUCAACGGAUCGGCCUGCUCUGCCUGGCACUCCAGCAAGCUUUUUCAAGGAGCUCUGCAGCUACCGGAGCCAGGAGUCGGCUGACCUCCCUCUCUCAGACGCGCGCGCCUAUGCCGCGACUUGGCGUCUCGAUCCCAGCGCCUUUGACAGGCCCUGGGCGGAGCUCUCGGGCGGUGAGGCGCAGCGCGUCGCUCUAGCCCUGGCUUUGGCAACGCAGCCCCAGGUGCUGCUCCUGGACGAAGCCAUCUCGGGCCUCGACGUCGCCACUCAGAAGCUCGUGGAGGCAUCCUUAGCGGCGAGCCGGGUUCCCAUUGUCAUGGUGACACAUUCCCCGGAGCAGCUCCGCCGCUUCUGCACGCACCACUUGGAUCUGGCACCAGAGGAAAAAGAGGUCUUGAGCUACGACACAUUCCGUGACGUGUCUCUGCGUGAGGGGCUGUGUCGCGGCUUUCACGAGUCUCAGCUUCUCUUCGGCCACUUCGCGCAGGGCCGCAGCGCCGUGCCCGUGAACGACUUGGCCGCCUUGGUGCUGGGAGACUUGGAUGCCAAGCGCCAGCAGGUUGUGCUUGAGGUGUGGUCAAAGCUGGAUCCGGAGGGUCUGAGAAAAGUGCCGGUUUGGCAACUCCUUCGCCACUUCGACGUGAGGCGUCUGCCGGACGUCCGGUUCGGGCGCGAGGACGUCGAGGGCGCACGCCAGAAACUGCUCGAGGGCCUGGGCGUUGUUCAGUGCCUUGCGGCAGACAGGGCUGCCGAGUUCGACCUAGAAGAAGCUGCAGCGCGGCGCCGGCCCGCUCCGAUCGGACUGCCGGGGGGCGGGCCCGUGGUUGCGCCAGCCGGGAGGGCCGGCAUCCGUGCCCGGGAGUUCGAAGAUGCGAAGAGGGAGCUCCAGUCGCGGGGAGAGGCCAUUGACCCCGAAGCCGUGGUCACCUUCGAAGCCUGGCAGGCCUACUUCAUGGCAGUCUCUGUGGGUGUCCUGGACGACGACGUUUUCGCCCUGACGCUUCGAGAUCCUCUUCGCACCUUCGAGGUGCAUGGGAAGGCGCAUGCGCAGCGUCUCGUCAUGGAGGUUCCCGAGAAGCAUCGGCCAUGCAACUUGCGGUUGCUCGGAACUUUCGCGGACGGCUCGCGACAAGCGCUGACGCUGCGCGAUGACUCGGGCCUCGAACAUCUCAGCGGCAACGCCGGCUGCGGCGAUGGCCAGUUCUGGACCUGGGGUCCGAAGGUUCGCGAUGAGAUCAUCCGCCGUUUCAAGGCGGAAGGUUACGAAGGGCUCCAGACAGUGAGCCUGAGACCCUUCUGA